UUCAAAUCCAUGGGUUCGUGCUUGCAUCCCAUGUGCUGCGCCUUGAAAGUAUAAACGGUGGCGGAAGCCACUACAGAAAAGGGAAAUAGCACCGGCCUCAAACCCACUCCGCAACCAGUGAGCAGUCGCGGUUCAUCCCGCCAAGUCGCCGCGAUGCGGUCAUCAACAGUAAUUAUUGGACGCAUGCCAUCGUCAACGUCGACCACGGCAGCGAGCAUCCUGUCGACUUUUCUCUUCGCCGUCAUCUUUUCCAGCAUAGCCGUGAAUGCGCAGUCACAAGCACAGGCGGCACCAGAUCAACCAUACACCAAUGACUUUUCCAUGUACCCGCAGUCGGCGCAGCAGUGCCUGCAAAGGUCCGCCAACACCUCGACGUGCACGGGAACCACGCACUCCCAGAUCAACGCCUGCCUCUGCCCGGGCACCGACAUCAGCAGCUUCCCCGUCCGCGCCGCCAUCUGCAUCGGCCGUAGCUCUCCUGGCGACCUCUGGGCCGUGUACGCGCUGCUCAAGGCCGACUGCGAAGACUCCAAAACCCCCCUCGCCUUUACGAGGGGACGCUUCAUGCAGACUGCCUUCGAUGCAAGCACUUCAUACACCGGCGGUGGUGACAACAGCGACAAUGGAUCCCCGGGCGAGUACAAGAACCCAACACCGACAAAAGGGGUGUCACUGUCGGCGGAGGCCAACAGUGGCACGGUGGGCGACAUCAACAACAGCAACAACAGCAACAAUAACAACAACAACAACAACAACAACAACGCCAGUGGACUGUCAAUGAUGGCCAAGACGGGCAUCAUAAUAUCAUGUGUUGUCGUCGGUUCGCUUCUCGGCGCUAUAAUAACAUACUGCCUACUACUACGAAAGAAGAACCCCAACCAGAGCAUGCAUCCGAGCAUGCAUGAUCCGGAGAAGCGACCCAUAUUUUCCAGUGCUAGCAGCAUGAAGGGGGGCACCAACACACCCCUCUCGAGGGCGUCCACGGUGGCGUCGAUGCGCGACUGGCGUAUGAUGGACCAGAGCACAAUGCGGUCCCCUUCUGUGCCAGCCGGAAGCAUAAGAGGGACGCCCUACCUCGGGGCACCGUCACCCAUGACCCCUCAGGGACAAUGGGUACUGGACCCUUCGAUGGGCAGGUACGUGCUUGCCGGCGUGCCGCCUCUUCCCACCACAACGAUGGUUCCGCGCAUUCCCCCGCCUUCGGUACCACCAACCCCUGCGCCGGCCCCCGUCGAGGCCCCCGGCGUCGACGUGCCAGUCGAGAUGCCCUCGACUCCCAGCACAGUGACGAUGUGCAACUGGGGCACGCAAUCCCAGACGAGUACGCAGUUCCUGCAUACUGCACACCAACCAUACCCCAUCCAAACAUCGCUCUUCCCCAAAAACGCCCAGAGCAGUCAAGGGAACGGCUCGGCGGGCGCUUCACCCAGCUCAUUAUACUCUCCAAAGGCGACGCUGCAGCCCCAACAGCAACCCCAGCCGACGGCAGGCGUCCCCAAGCGGCAAUACAGCCUGAGAAAUAUGUUUCAUACGAGACAGCCGAGCAAGAACCCAUCAUAUUGGAUCUAGGUAGCAUGAAGAUCCAAAAUCAGCGGGGGACGAUCGAUGAUACCAUGAAAAUAAAAUUAUAGCACAACAAUAUUAUAGCAUCAGGGGGCUGGGCAGCUAUUUAAAACACCUCCAAAAAAAAUCCAAAAAUUACAAAAUUACCUAGUUUUUUCG